CAUUACGUCCGUUUCGGGAGCGUCAAGAAACGUGUCGUUCAGUGGCGCGGAUGGACUCCUGUGGUUUUGAUUAAUCUCCUUCAAAUACCUGUUUCAACAGUGUGUUCAUUCUUGAGAUCGAACUGCAGCCAUGCCGGCGUACUUCCAAAGGCCAGAAAAUGCUCUUAAAAGAGCAAACGAAUUCUUGGAGGUUGGCAAGAAGCAGCCUGCCCUGGACGUGCUGUACGAUGUCAUCAAGAGCAAGAAGCAUCGGACAUGGCAGAAGAUCCACGAGCCCAUCAUGCUCAAGUACCUGGAGCUCUGCGUGGACCUGCGCAAGAGCCACCUGGCCAAAGAGGGACUCUACCAGUACAAGAACAUCUGCCAGCAGGUGAACAUCAAGUCUCUUGAGGAUGUGGUGCGGGCCUACCUGAAGCUGGCCGAGGAGAAGACAGAGACGGCCAAGGAGGAGUCCCAGCAGAUGGUCCUGGACAUCGAGGAUCUCGACAACAUCCAGACUCCCGAGAGUGUGCUGCUGAGUGCGGUGAGUGGCGAGGACACCCAGGACCGUACUGACCGCCUGCUGCUCACCCCCUGGGUCAAGUUCCUGUGGGAGUCCUACCGCCAGUGUCUGGACCUGCUCAGGAACAACUCCAAGGUGGAGCGCCUCUACCAUGACAUCGCACAGCAAGCCUUUAAGUUCUGCCUGCAGUACACCCGCAAGGCCGAGUUCCGCAAGCUCUGUGACAACCUGCGUAUGCACCUGGGCCAGAUCCAGAGGCACCACAACCAGAGCACGGCCAUCAACCUCAACAACCCCGAGAGCCAGUCCAUGCACCUGGAGACCCGUCUGGUUCAGCUGGACAGUGCCAUCAGCAUGGAGCUCUGGCAGGAAGCCUUCAAGGCUGUGGAGGAUAUCCAUGGCCUGUUUGCCCUGUCCAAAAAGCCCCCUAAGCCUCAGCUCAUGGCCAACUACUACAACAAGGUGUCCACCGUCUUCUGGAAAUCUGGCAACGCGCUGUUCCAUGCCAGCACUCUGCAUCGCCUCUACCAUCUGUCCAGGGAGAUGCGCAAGAACCUCACGCAGGACGAAAUGCAAAGGAUGUCGACGCGCGUCCUGCUGGCCACCCUGUCCAUCCCCAUCACCCCCGAGAGGACCGACAUCGCACGCCUCCUCGACAUGGACGGCAUCAUCGUGGAGAAACACCGACGUCUGGCAACCCUGCUGGGCCUGCAGUCCCCGCCCACACGCCAGAGCCUCAUCAAUGACAUGGUGAGGUUCAAUCUUCUGCAGUACAUCGUUCCUGAGGUCAAGGAGCUGUACAACUGGCUGGAGCAGGAGUUCCACCCCCUCAAGCUCUCCGGCAGAGUCACCAAGGUAUUGAACUGGAUUAAGGACCAGGCUGAGAAGGAGUCAGACCUGCAGCAGUACGUGCCUCACCUGCAGAGCAACACCAUCCUCCGACUUCUACAGCAGGUGGCUCAAAUCUACCAAAGCAUUGAGUUCAGCCGCCUGUCGACUCUGGUGCCGUUCGUGGAUGCCUUCCAGCUGGAGCGCUCCAUCGUGGACGCAGCCAGACACUGUGACCUGCAGGUGCGCAUCGAUCACACGUCUCGCACCCUGAGCUUCGGGUCGGACCUGAACUACUCCACAAAAGAGGACGCUCCGGUGGGGCCCUUCCUGCAGAACAUGCCCUCGGAGCAGAUCAGGAACCAGCUGACCGCCAUGUCCUCCUCCCUGGCCAAGGCCAUCCACGUCAUCAAGCCACCCUCCAUCCUGACGGAUCGCGAGGAGCAGAGUAAGCUGGCCAUCGCGGCGUACCAGAAGAACUGCCGCAAGGAGCACCAGCGCAUCCUGGCGCGCCGCCAGACCAUCGAGGAGCGUAAGGAGCGCCUGGAGAGCCUCAACAUCCAGAGGGAGAAGGAGGAGCUGGAGCAGCGCGAGGCUGAGCUGCAGAAGGUGCGCAAGGCGGAGGAGGAGCGUCUGCGUCUGGAGGCGAAGGAGCGCGAGAAGGAGCGCAUCAUGCAGGAGCACGAGCAGAUCAAGAAGAAGACGGUGAGGGAGCGGCUGGAGCAGAUCAAGAAGACCGAGCUGGGAGCCAAGGCCUUCAAGGACAUCGACAUCGAGGAUCUGGAGGAGUUGGACCCCGACUUCAUCAUGGCCAAGCAGGUGGAGCAGCUGGAGAAGGAGAAGAAGGAGCUUCAGGAGCGCCUGAAGAACCAGGAGAAGAAGAUCGACUACUUCGAGAGGGCUAAGAGGCUGGAGGAGAUUCCCCUCAUCAAGAAGGCCUAUGAGGAGCAGCGCGUCAAGGACAUGGAGCUCUGGGAGCUGCAGGAGGAGGAGAGGAUCAGCAACAUGAAGGUGGAGAGGGAGAAGGCCCUGGAGCACAAGCAGAGGAUGUCCAGGAUGCUGGAGGACAAGGAGAACUUUGUCUCCAAGAUCACCGCCGCUCGCAGCUUCAUCUACGAGGAGAAACUGAAGCAGUUUGAGCAGCGGCUGGUGGAGGAGCGCAAGAAGCGUCUUGAGGAGAGGAAGAAGCAGCGCAAGGAAGACCGCCGCAACGCCUUCUACCGCGCCAAGGAGGAGGAGGCACAGAGGAUCCACGAGGAGCAGCUCAAGAAAGAGCGUGAGGAGGCUGAGCGUAUCGAGCAGGAGCAGCGCGAGGAGGAGGAGAGGGAGUACCAGGAGAAGCUGCGCAAGCUGGAGGAGCAGGAGAGGAAGCAGCGCGCUCGCCAGCAGGAGAUCGAGGAGCGCGAACGCCGCAAGGAGGAGGAGAGGAGGGCGCCCGCCAAGGAGGAGAGCGGCAGCAAGGACUGGGCCGACAGAGAAGAGGGAGGAUGGCGAAGUGCGGCGAAGCGCGAAGGAGAUUCAGAGUGGCGCCGCCCUGUUCCUGAACGCGAGUGGAGGGCGGAGGGCCGCGAGGAGGGAGGCGAGGAUCGCGGUGGCGAACGCCGCCCCAUGCGCCGAGGCUUUGACGACGAGCGGGGACCGCGCCGCGGAGGAGACGACGAACGCGGACCUCCUCGCCGAGGCAUGGACGACGACCGCGGGCCCAGGAGAGGCUUCGACGACGACCGCCCGCUCCGCAGAGGAGGGGACGACGACCGCCCUCCCAGAAGAGACGACCGUGACGAUCGCGGGCCCCGCCGCGGCAUGGACGAAGACCGGCCCUUCCGCAGGACCAUGGACGACGACCGCCCGCGCAGAGGCUUCGACGACGACCGCGGCCCCCGCAGAGACGAGCCCAGGAGCAUGCGACGCGGCGAUGACGACUGGGGCCCCAGGAGGGGCGGAGAUGACGAGAGGCCACGCAGGGGAAUGGACGACGGGCCUCGCCGCGGAGGAGACGAUGCUCGGCCUUGGAAACCUGCAGGCAGGACAGGAGGUGGAUGGAGAGAGCGUGAGAAGGCCCGUGAGGAGAGCUGGGGUCCCCCUCGUGAGGGCGGUGGCAACGACGAUGAGGAUCGCGACGUGGACGAGAGGCAGGAGGAACGCCGCGAGCGCCGUCCACCACCCAGGGAGGAGGGAGGCGGAGGUGGAGUCUGGAGACGUGGUGGUGGAGGAGGAGGAGGCGGCACGGAGGAGACCAGCGCCUGGAGAGGAGGAGGAGGAGGAGGGCGCAGGGGAGAGGAGGGCGAGCGCGAGGAGAGACCAGAGCGCCGCGGCGACCGAGACCGCCGUGACGAGCGUGAGCGUGAGCGCCCCCAGAGAGAUCCUGAAGAGGGUGGCGGCGGCGGCUCCUGGAGGCGAGGUGGUGAGGAGAAGCCCCCUGCCCGCGAGGCCCCCGCCCCCCGGCCACGGCCACAGGAGCGUGAACGCGAGGGCGGAGAGGCACGCGAGGGCGGCGAGAAGAGCACCUGGCGCAUGGACAAGGACAAGGAUAAGGACAGCAAACGCAGCGCCCCUCCGAAAACCGAAGAGGACGAUGACGGAUGGACCACCGUCCGCCGCUGAGCCUGUCACCACCACCACCUCUACUACCACCAACACCAUUGCUGCUGCCCGUCUCCAGCUUAGCUUAGUGUCUAUUCGAGUGCUCUUGAAUCUCUCUCUCAUUA